AUGAGUAAAAUACAAAAGCCGAAAUACAACAAAUUUUUCAACAAAAAAUCGUUCAAGAGAUCAACAGUGGAACCAAAUUAUAAAGGUUUUUUAUGCAGCUGUAACAACAGAGAAAAAGAUUGCAUCAAAGAAGCUUACAAUUUGCUGAACAAAUAUGCGGAUUUACUUUAUCCUCAGCAAGAUACAAAAGAAUCUUGUAGUGAAGAGACUAUGGAAGAAACUAGUAUUGAAGAUGAGUUGGAGAAAGAGUUAUCAGAGCUUAAAGCUACAAAGAGAGACAAAAACAGAUUCCAGGUAGUAGAAUCAGGUGCUAAGAAUAUUCUUUUCAUCAGAACAACCAUAGAAGAUCCUGUGAAACUAGCACACACCAUAGUUCAAGAUCUAGAAUCUUCUAAAAACCAACAAACUCGUUUUCUAAUUCGCCUUGUACCAAUUGAAAUUACUUGCAAGGCUUAUUUGAAUGACAUUAAAACUGCAAUGGUGCCCAUAGCUGAAAGAUAUUUCAAAGAUGCCAAAAAAACUUUUUCAGUAAUUUUCAAUCACAGAAAUAACAAUAGUUUCAAUAGAGAUGAGGUGAUUAAGUUGGUAGCUGACCUUAUAUUUGAAACAAAUGGUGAGAGUAAAGUGGAUCUGAAAGGUGCUGAAUUAUCCAUUAUAAUAGAAGUUAUAAAAGGAAUUGUUUUGAUUGGAGUUGUGCCUGAUUUCAUCAAGUAUAAGAAGUAUAAUUUAUUAUCUAUUUGUGGAAAUGAUCAGGAAUUAAGCAAUUCUGUUGACAGCAAAGUGGACACAGAAACUGAAACCAAUGAAGAAAAGUGA